AUGCCUGCCAAUACUAUUACCGAGGAGUACCAACGCGCACUUGCGCAAUUAAACGCAAUAAUGGAUGAGCUUGAGCCUACCGUUGGCCAUUCUAACUGCCGGAUUAUCCGAAAAUUUCGCAAUAUGUGUCCGGCUCAUGCAGAGAAUGCGGCGGGUAUUUGGGGGAGAAUGUCGCCCGAUGAGCGUUGGGAGAUGAUGGAGAUGCUCCACGCGUACCAGGACAGUGUCUACGAGGUUGCCUUCUUCCCUCCUCGUUCAGGACCUCGACCUUGCGUCUGA